AUGAUAUUUUCGACAAUUUUUGCAAUAUGGAUUGGUUUUUCCACUUUCUUAAACGGAUAUGCCCCUUUGCCCACAAAUAGGAGGCCUAACCGACACUUCUUCGAUACCUCUUUCCGUGUAAAUCCAAGUGGCAAUUUUGACAUCACCGGAGACGGCGAACGCAAAUCGACACUGAACGCAAGUCGCCUAUAUAUCACCGGGAAAAGAUUUAGAUGUCCAAUGAUGUGGAAAAUCCCAAAGCUGGCGAAGCCCAGAAAGUCCCAGGUGCCACUUCUACUUCCACUGACACCCAAUCAACAUGCAUCCUUGCUUUCCAUAAUUAACAAAUGGGCUGUGAUGAAAUUUCCUUACCCUGGAGCACUUACUGCAUUACAAUACUUCACCAGUGCUGCUGGAGUCCUUCUUUGUGGGUGGUUCAGGUUUAUAGAGCAUGAUCGGCUUGAUCUUCUCACAAUGUGGCGGUUCCUACCAGCUGCAAUUAUAUUCUACCUGUCUCUUUUCACGAACAGUGAGCUCCUCCUCCAUGCCAAUGUUGAUACAUUCAUUGUUUUCCGUUCAGCAGUCCCAAUCUUUGUUGCAAUAGGAGAGACACUCUACUUGCGCCAGCCAUGGCCUUCUUUGAAGACUUGGUUCUCACUUGCCACGAUCUUUGGUGGUAGUGUACUUUAUGUCCUAACGGAUUACCAGUUCACUCUCACGGCUUAUAGCUGGGCAUUGGCUUACUUAAUAAGCAUGUCCAUAGAUUUUGUUUAUAUCAAACAUGUGGUCAUGACCAUUGGUUUAAACACAUGGGGUCUUGUGCUGUACAACAAUCUUGAGGCUUUGAUGCUAUUCCCUUUAGAGCUGCUAAUUAUGGGGGAGCUUAAGAAGAUAAGGCAUGAAAUAUCCGAUGAGUCAGAUUGGUACUCUUUUCAGGUGGUUUUGCCUGUAGGGCUAUCUUGUUUGUUUGGCUUAGCCAUCUCUUUCUUUGGGUUCUCUUGCCGGAGGGCAAUUUCUGCGACGGGGUUUACUGUUCUCGGCAUUGUGAACAAGCUAUUGACAGUUGUUAUCAAUCUCAUUAUUUGGGACAAACAUUCAACAAUUGUUGGAACGGUGGGGCUACUGAUCUGUAUGAUAGGUGGUAUAUUGUAUCAGCAGUCUACCAGCAAAAAACCCAAGGAUGUGAAAGAGGUGAAGACACAAGAGAGUGAAGAGGAACAACACAAGCUACUUGAAAUGCAAAGCAACACAGAAAGAGAUGCCAGCGAGAAGCAAGUCACAGAUACAGAGGACGGAAAAUAAGCAACGGAAUUUUUGAAGGUAGUCUAAUCACAUUCUUUUGUUGCCUUCUUGUUAAAAUCAAUUCUGGGUAUUCUACUGAGAGUUGAAUACCAGGGUCCAAUAUUUGAUGCCAAUCCUCUGGAAACCUGGUUUGAGCAGAGUAUUCAUGGUGUCCAAGAAAAAAGAAGUGCAUUAAGGAAAAAUUUGUGACUAAAAUCUCAGGUUCAGUCGGUCACAGAAGUGGUGGCUUGGUCUUACCCAACGUUUGGCUAGUUACCAUGAUUCUAUUUUUUUUCGAUAGUUGAUUUCAUUCUUGAACUUGUUUUACUGAAUAUGGAAUUCGUUGUUUGGAGUUCAAUAGGUUUUACUAUUAUUCUUGCGCUAUUUUCCUGUAAAAGCACUUAAGUUUCCAAACUGUUGUAUUAAAGCAAAAUUGAGUAAUAUCAAUAUUACUCAUUUCUAGUUAUUUAUUUG